AAAAUCCAUCUUUUCGUACUUAUCUCUCGAUGCAAUGUCAAAAUUCGAGAAAUCACGUCUCGCCUCGUUGCUCGCGGAUUUUUUCGUCCACUCGUCUGAUCGAGCGUUGCCUGGACGUCAUGGCCAAGACGGAAAUUGUUUACAGUUCGAUACGUGGAACCCCAGAGCUAUCAGCCAGUCCUGUCAGUCUGCUUUCGCACUGUGCGGCGUUAUGGCGGAUGCGAGGGAGGACUCGAAAUACGCCGGUUGCGAAACGACCGGGAGUAUGGAACAAACGAACCAUCCUUGGAAUACCCUCGAGACCAUAACCACAUUCGAUCAAGGAACAAGUAACAACACGAAUUCGACGAUUUGUGUCGAUAAUGACAUUCAAAACAAUGGGAAAGUUGUGCCACAAACGGGACAUCAAGUGACUCAAGCUACUGGUGUUUUAAUCGAAUCACUUCUACAACAAUUAUGUGCUAUGUUAGAAGGAGACAAAGAUCGUAGAAAUAAAUUAUACAAUGAUAUUUGUAAGAAACUAUAUGAUUUGCAAUUAAUUAAUGACACCUACAAUACUGCAGAAUUUGAUGUGCUGAGAGCAAGGUACCAAAGUGCUUUCUAUCGCAUGCUCACAGUUGCUCGUGCUCAGCCUGAAAGUGAAAAUGUUCUAUCUAUACCGAAGCUUUUUCUAAUGCCAAGAUUGUUUCGUUACCAUGAAGAAUUUCAGGAAAUUUGCUUUAUUGCUCGUGGAGGGUUUGGCGAAGUUUACAAAGCGCUGCAUCGUCUCGAUGGUAUCAAAUAUGCAGUUAAAAAAAUAGCAAUACCCGUUGAUCGUAUAGAGAUGAUGCAGCAGCAAAUGAAUGAAGUAAGGACAUUGGCUAAAUUAAAACAUCCUAAUAUUGUUUCCUACAAUGCAGCUUGGAUUGAACCAUUGCCGUCCUAUACUUCGAACGCAUCAUCCACAAAUCAUAAAUCAUCACAAUACCAUACAUCAAAAUACCAUAAAAAAAAUUCGAAGUCCAGUUCGCUGGAUAUCAAAGACUUAUUCGAUGAUAAAUACAAUCUGAAUCCUAAUAAAAGUAAGCUACAUAAUAAACAUGAUAUAUUAUUUAAUAUUAAAGUAUCUUGUACAACAGAUACAGAUAUAAGAACGAAGAAACACAAUAAGAUACAUAGGAAUACUGACAGUAACAUUAAUCACGACACUAUUAGUGUAAGAUUUGAAGAACUCGAUUCAUCGACUAAUCUUAUGGAAGAAAAAAUAGUUAAGGAAAACAUAGAAGAAUGUACUGAAGAAUUCAGUUCGGACAUAGUAUCUUUUCGAAAUAGCAAGAGUAAUGAAAAUCUAGAUGAAGCAAUUGUAAAUACAGAUACUAGUAAUAGUUCUUCUUGUGAAGAAUCUAAUCGAGAAGUUUGUAUAUAUACUUCCAAUAAAAAUAAAUCAUUCUAUAUCUUAUACAUUCAAAUGGCCUUAUGUGAGCAAACACUUGAACAAUGGCUGCGUGGUAAAAUAAGUGUAACGCCCGAACCGAUAGUUAAAGCGGUGUUUCAACAGAUUGUUUGUGGAGUGGACUAUAUACAUUCUCAAAAAAUUGUACAUCACGACAUAAAGCCAAGCAACAUAUUUAUUUCGACAACUGGACAACUCCAGAUUCAAUUAGGUGAUUUUGGUUUAGCUUGUCCAUUACAAAAAGAGCACCAUUCCGCGGUGGGUACUCACGUAUAUGCAGCACCAGAACAACUAGAAGGAAAGUGUGAUCCAAAGAGUGAUAUCUAUAGUAUAGGGGUUGUCCUUGUUGAGCUUUUAAUUUCAAUAAAAACUCGAAUGGAGUUAGCUUAUAUAAUUGGUUCCUUAAAAUCUGACGAAAUACCAGAAGCUCUCAAGCAACAUAAGUGGGCACAACUAGUCAAGCAGUUAGUGCAAACGAAUCCUGCCAAAAGGCCAUCGACAAGUCAGCUCCUGCAGGAUCUUAAUCACGAUAAAGAUGCAACAAUAAAUAGAUUAAAAGACAUUAUCGUGCAUUUAGAAAAUGAUAAUCAUAUUAAAGAUGGCAAAAUUCAAGACCUACUACAAGAAAUUGCGUUAUUAAAAGAAAAGUUAAGUGUUAAAUAACUAUUAACUGAUAAUAUUUACUGCAAAUUCGAUUGGAGCCUAAACUCAUGAAAAACCUUAACAUGACAUUAAUAAGACUGCUGAUUUUUUUCUCGAAUUAGGCCCUAAGACAGUAAUAAUCCACAGACAUAGCGAAAUUUUUACAUACAUGAAAAUUGAUACUUUAACUUUUUUUAAUAUGAACAAUAACUAGAUGUAAAAAAAUUUUUACAUUACAAAUACAUAUUCAUGUUUUAAACUGAUCAAUAAUUUUAAACACACAAUUGUGUUAUAGUUAAUAAAUUAUUUGACAUGCGCUAAAAUAAGGCUGUUAAAAAAAUAAAUAUGUUUAUAAUACUGCCAAUUAUAUAAAUACCAAGGAUCCUGAAAUCUGUUCUAUUUUACCAAUUAAACAUAAUUUUGUGAUAA